ACUCGCUCCGCUUUUUUAAAUCCCCCAACCCGGAACGAAUUUUUCCCCUUCGUUUCCACCACCACCCCCCACCACCACGACGCGGAUGGCAUCUUCGUCGUCUUCGUCCUAGCGCGCGGCGGCCGCCACGCGACCCUGUUUGAGAGGGGGAAAGGGGGGUUCCGCUCGGCUAGGCGGAGGAAGGACGCAGCCGCCCCUGUCCCGCGGCGAAUUUGGAUGAUCGAGGCCCGCCGUCGAGGGUAAGGAGUGAUGGAGGAAGCGGCGGCGGCGGCGGCGGAUUUCGAUGGCGGCUUCGGCGGCGCCGGGGAGGACAACCUGUCCAUGCCCCUCGGCGACUUCAUGGCCUUCCUCGAUAACGAGGACUGGAAGGAGCAGCAGCACGAGGGCAAUCAAGGUUUAGAGAUGCCAGUGGACAGCACAAGUUCUGAAAAUGCAUUUCAAAACCAUGAAGAAAUUUUUGAGAAUAAAGAAAAUUGGUCAAACUACUCGCAUACAGAUCCUUCACAUAGUCAGAUGGAUGUAAUGGUGGAACUUAACAAUGGUGGAGAAUCUUUUGAUCACUCAGAGGAUACCUCUUAUAGAUUGCUUAGCAAUGAUUUUUUGGAAAAUUCAAGGAAUGGUAAUCCUGAGAUGCAUUUACCAAUGGAUGCAUUAAACCAUGCUAAAACUGUUGAUGAAGAAAUUGUCCCUCCAUAUGAAGAUUAUACAAAUGGUUUAUACUAUGGUCAGCAUUCUAUGCACUCCGACAAUACACAAGUUAGAGUAGAUAACAACUUUGAGGGCUUGGAGCCACACACUAAUACUUAUUCGGGAUGUGAUAUGUUCGCAGAGCAAUCUGGUUUAAGUGAAGUUAAAUGUGAGGGCACAGGUCCCAUGCUUGGUAAUUCUGAGCAGGAGGGUAACCAUUUCACGUCAGUGCCUAUGUUUGACCAUAGUGCUGUUAUACCUGAUAUUCCUUACACCGAGUUGAACAUCGGUGAUGUGCCUGGAAGCAUGCAGAAUGGAAAUGGCAGUUGCCUAACUGUACAAGGAGAAUAUCUGCAGGGGGAGUAUCAGGAGUAUCCUCAGCCAGAUUAUGGAUCGUUUGAUAUGGCUAAUGAAAUAGUGCUGCAUGAUUUGCCACAAAACAAUCAGUCAUAUGAGCUGGAACAAUUACCACAGAAUAUAUGUGAAAGCAGUUCAAUGCAAGUGGGCUCUCCAGAUCAAUAUUGUGAUGAUACAUCUCUGUCGGAUUAUUACAUGGAUGAUGUAUCUUCGAUAGAGUCGAUGUCCAGCGAGCAGAACCGAUCAGAAGAUAUCUGUUUCCGGAGUGAGUCUAGCACUGACUCUUCUCCGGUGCCCUCAAGCAGAAACUCCACCACUGAGGAUGCUGAUAAAUACUUUGGAGAUGCACCAAAACAUUUGCAGAAUUCCAUGUUUCCUGUCAGUACCCAACACCAACACUCAUUCAUGAACUCAAGUGAUCCAAUGCAUCCAACUUUUCAUAAAAAGUAUGACAUUCCUAGAAAUGGCAGCUCUUCUAUUCUGGGUAACUCAUCAAGGAAUUGCUUCAGUUUAGAUAGCAAUCGUGAUUCUGAUUUAUGUAUUCUUGAGGGUAGUAGAAGUCUUGCUAGUGGACAUGUGUUGCCACCCCAAGGAUUGCAGCAUAACUUUCAACAAUCUGUGUGUGCCAAUCCUAAUCUUCCUCGGUUUGGAGGGAGAUACAGGCCGCAUGAGGAAAGAAUGACUUUGCGGCUUGCAUUACAGGAUAUUUCUCAGCCAAAGUCUGAGGCUAAUCCACCUGAUGGAGUUUUAGCAGUUCCUUUAUUGAGGCACCAGAAAAUUGCCUUGUCAUGGAUGGUACAAAAGGAGAGAAAUGGUUCGAGUUGCUCUGGCGGAAUUCUUGCAGAUGAUCAGGGCCUGGGUAAAACAGUGUCGACUAUAUCACUGAUUUUGACAGAAAGGUCACCAGUUCCAUCUUCAGCUGUUAAGCAAGAACCAUGCGAAGCUGUAACCCUUGACGAUGACGAUGAGGAUGACGAUGCUGAGCCUCAUUUGAAGAAACCGGCACUAGCACAUCUAGCAGAUACAUGUAAACCUGAAGCGACAAGUAGUACCAUUAAGACAGAAAAUCCUAUUGCAAAUGUUAAGGCUAGACCAGCUGCUGGGACUUUGGUUGUUUGCCCCACGAGUGUUCUACGUCAGUGGGCAGAUGAACUGAGGAAUAAAGUCACCAGUAAAGCUAACUUGACCUUUUUAGUAUAUCAUGGUAGCAACCGCACAAAGGAUCCUAAUGAUCUUACUAAAUACGAUGUCGUGUUAACCACAUAUUCUAUAGUAAGCAUGGAAGUACCAAAACAAUCAAGUCCUGAUAGUGAUGAUGAAGAGAAAGGGAAGCCUGACAGGUAUGGUGCUCCUGUUGGCUCCUCAGGCAGCAAAAAACGGAAGACUUCCUCUUCUAAGAAGAACAAAAGUGGAAGCACACCAGAGAGUAAAUUGCCUGAGAAACCUCUCGCAAAAGUUGCAUGGUUUAGAGUUAUCCUUGAUGAAGCACAAAGUAUUAAAAAUUAUCGAACCCAGGUUGCUAGGGCAUGCUGGGGUCUGCGAGCCAAAAGAAGAUGGUGCUUGUCAGGGACACCUAUACAGAAUGCUGUUGAGGAUCUCUAUAGCUAUUUCAGAUUUCUCAGAUAUGAUCCAUAUGCUGAAUACAAAAAAUUUUGCUUCAUGAUAAAAACACCAAUCAGCAGGAACCCAAUUACUGGGUACAAGAAGCUUCAGGUUGUUCUGAAGACAGUAAUGCUGAGGAGGACAAAAGCAACGAUGCUUGAUGGAAAACCAAUAAUCUCAUUACCCCCAAAGACCGUCUCUCUUAAGACAGUGGACUUCACUAGUGAAGAGCGUGCUUUCUAUAACACUCUCGAAGCAGAAUCACGAGAGCAGUUCAAGGAGUAUGCAGCUGCUGGUACUGUCAAGCAAAACUACGUCAAUAUCCUGCUGAUGCUUUUACGGCUCAGACAGGCAUGUGAUCACCCUCACUUAGUUCGAGGUCAUGAGUCUACUUCUAGUUGGAUGUCUUCAUUGGAGAUGGCAAAGAAGCUGCCUGUAGAAAGGCAGCAAUCGUUGCUGGUUUGCUUGCAAUCGUGUUCUGCGAUAUGUGCUCUCUGCAAUGAUGCGCCAGAAGAUGCCGUUGUUACUAUAUGUGGUCAUGUUUUCUGCAACCAGUGCAUACUGGAGCAACUUACCGGUGAUGACAGUGUAUGUCCAGUGUCCAAUUGCCGAGUCCGACUAAAUUCAACUUCCUUAUUCUCCCGAGGCACCCUUGAAUGUGCUCUGAGUAGAUCAACCUGUGAGUUUCUGUCUGAUGAUUCCUGUGAAGACAUGGUGCAAGGGAAGCAACCUAGAUUUGAUUCGUCUUAUGCAUCUUCCAAAGUGAGAGCUGCCCUGGAUAUUCUUCUCUCGUUGCCUAAACUGGAUUUAACCCAUAUGAGUGAUGACAAAAAUAAAAUUGUGCAUCCUGACAAAAUUAACGGGAAUAGUACUCCCUCUGAAUAUGCUGGCACCAAAAUAACUGAGAAGGCCAUCGUUUUCUCUCAAUGGACUAGAAUGCUGGAUUUGGUAGAGGUUCAUUUGAAAUCUUCUCAUCUAUCUUAUCGGAGGCUUGAUGGAACAAUGUCCGUCGCAGCUCGGGAUAGAGCUGUAAAAGACUUCAACACAAAUCCAGAGGUUUCUGUUAUGAUUAUGUCUCUCAAAGCUGCAAGUCUUGGUCUGAAUAUGGUGGCGGCCUGUCAUGUACUUUUGCUUGAUCUUUGGUGGAAUCCUACUACAGAAGACCAAGCUGUUGACAGAGCGCAUCGUAUUGGCCAAACUCGACCUGUCACAGUGUCACGGUUAACCAUAAAAGAUACCGUUGAAGAUCGUAUUUUGGCUCUCCAGGAGAAAAAACGGGAGAUGGUGGCUUCUGCAUUUGGGGAAGACAAAUCUGGUGCCCAUCAAACUAGAUUGACGGUGGAAGACUUGAACUAUUUGUUUAUGGUUUAGCAUUUCUCCUGAGAUUGGACACAAUUUUGCUCGUGGGAUGGUGUAACUUGCAUCUAUAGGUGAAAUAUCUGUCAGGAGAUAGCAUUUCUCUAGGCGUCUAGUGUUUCUAGUUUGUACAGGUGCUCAGAUUUUGUAGUUAAAGGUGGCAUUGUGGUGCGAUUCAUUUUUUCUCCGUGCAAGUGGCAACUCAUCAGGUAAUUUUUCGAUGAGCUGCAGUGGUGUCUUUUGAUCAUGAAGAUACAAAGGAGAACGUCAUUAGCUAACGCCAUAUUUGUACAUAGUUUUCACCAGCAAUCUUAACUCAUCUUGAGCUUCGCAUUUCAGCCGUAUGGUUGUACAUCAUAAACCAUGUAAAAGAUUAAGCUGAACUUGUCUUCGACAAUUUUUUUCAGUUGAUCAAACAUGAUAGUUUAUGGGGAAUGAAAUUUGCUCAAAA